ACAUCCCAACAGCUAAAAAAUAAAGAACCAAAUGAGGUUCUGAUUGGGCUGAUUCCCAGUUCCCCUCUCCUCUCUCUCUUUAAAAGCAACAGCGCUCCUUUAACACCUGCUAGAGUUCAUCAUCAAGGUGAUGGCUGAUAGCAUUUGCAUGCCACACAGUAGCUCAUUUGUUUGUGUCCGCUGCUUACCUGGUGUGAAUAGAUCUCAUGCUGCUGAUUCCUCCAUCAAACUGGAAAUCGUCGGAAAUGUUUUCAUGUCAGGAUUCUGCUUUUGGAUCAUUUACAGGAGUUCCAACACUAUGAGGUGUUACCAGGAGUGGUUAUCAGAAUCCAGCUCCUGAUUUUUCUCUUCUCCUUUAAUCUGGAUAAAAAGAAGAGAACUUUGAGCACUGAAUUGGAUUUAGGACGACUUGAAGUUCAGAUUCUUGGCUGAAAGACUGCAAGUCCCGGUUUCUGUUUUUUUAUACUUCGGGACUCUAGAACUGGGAUGCAGAACCUAGAGGAUGAUGGAGUGUUGCUCCACUCUCUCAGGGCGGUGACAAGCCUGAGGCUGAGCAGAGAGGAGAGCUUAGAGCAGGAGCAAGUGGAUCAGAGAGAUCCGGACCAGGAGCAGAUAGAUAAUGGAGGAAUUCUGGCAAAGCUGUCUUCCAUCGAGUUCCGCAUGCAGCAGCUACAAAGCAGGAGGUUCCUGCUGAUGAAGAUGAAACGCCACAGGAGGAAGGAUGAACGGCACAGUGGAGGAAGCUCAGAGGAAUUGAUCAUUGAAGAUGAUGAGGAUGAUGAUGAUGAUGAUGAUGAGCUGAGGACCAUUCAGACCGAGCUGGAGGACCUGCAGGCGAAAAAGGAGGAGCUGGAGAGAGCCGGAGGGAGCCUCAUAGUAAACUCUAACGAAGUUCCCAGGGAACAGCUGCCGACUUACAAAGAGACUCCUCGUGGAGGCAUCUACAUGCUUCCUCCUCCUCCUCCUCCUCCUGAAGAGGUUACGGCUGCAACACCAGAUCCAGCGGAGGACAUCCUGCCAGUGGAGAGGCUGGGGAUGGCAGCAGGGGUCACAAAGUGUCCAUCCUGUGAAGAAGUGGUUGUCACGGAAACCCAAAGCACUGCAAGUGAGACUAUGUGGAUCCUGUGCUUCGUAUGCUCUCUGAUGGGCUGUGUGGCAGGAUGCUGCUUGAUCCCCUUCUACAUGAAGAGUCUCAGGAACGUCUCCCAUCACUGUCCCCGGUGCCAGGCCAAGAUUCACACCCAUAAGCUGCUUUGACAUUUUCCAUCUCAUCACAUUAUAGACUUUCUGGAUUACGGUCCAGUAGAACAUUCACUAAUAAGUGCAUAUAUGGCUGUUAUAUGGCUCUGUGCCCAGGGCGUCCCUCUGGUGGGAUAUAGAAUGCUAACUGUUUACUUUUCUACUGGUUGUUUGCCCGUUGGUCAGCGGGAGGAGGGCGCCCCCUGUGUGGUUCACAGUUUGAGAAAGGACUCUAAGGAAAUAU